UACAUAAACAAACCUGAAAUAUUUAUUUGCGCUCAUCUUCAGUUCAGCAAUUGCGUCGGAGGUUUCGCGCGCAGCUCUUCAGAGAUGGACGUGAGUCACGGAUCCUCGGACACAUUUUCCGAAAUCAUCGAGCUAAAUGUUGGAGGGCAAGUUUACGUUACGCGGCAUUCAACUUUACUCUCCGUGCCCAAUUCUUUACUCUGGACCAUGUUUUGUCAGAAAAAACCAAAGGAACUUACGACAGACAGCAAAGGACGCUUCUUUUUGGACAGGGACGGCUUUCUGUUCAGGUAUAUUUUGGAUUACUUGCGGGACCAGACUCUGGUGUUGCCAGAUUUCUUUAAGGAGAAGGCGAGCCUGCUUAAAGAGGCAGAAUACUUCCAACUUCAGGAGCUGGCGAAACUCCUAAGACCGGCGGUCACUAAGGAGAACUCCGUCAGCGAGGAGGUGUGCCAGAGCGACCCGGAGGAGGCUGCUCUCUCCAGCGAGCUCGCUGGCACCGGCCUUCGCUCACCGACUCUGGAAGCGAAAAAAGCUGGCUACAUAACCAUCGGGUACAGGGGGUCCUACACCAUAGGACGAGACAUCCAACAGGAUGCCAAAUUUCGACGCGUGGCCAGGAUAACCGUGUGCGGCAAAACGUCUCUCGCCAAAGAAGUUUUCGGGGACACACUGAACGAGAGCAGAGACCCAGACAGACCCCCGGAAAGAUACACCUCUCGGUAUUACCUCAAGUAUAAUUUCCUGGAGCAAGCCUUUGACAGGUUGGCAGAAGUGGGCUUUCACAUGGUCGCAUGCAGCUCCACGGGCACCUGUGCGUACGCGAGUAACGACCCCAGCGAGGACAAAAUCUGGACUAGUUACACCGAGUAUGUGUUUUGCAGGGAGCAAUAGGGACUUUCGUUUGGACAUUUUGUAACUGUUGCUUCACUUGUUUGAAACGCACCUUAAUCCGUUACGCAUCACGAAAGUGCAACGAUGUCAACAUGAGAAAUAUAGAACUCUGUAAACUUUGAGAAAGUUUUAUGUCAAAUAUAUAUUGUGUAAGUAACGUUUUAAGAACAAACUGAUCUGUUGUCUGUUUCCUAGAAUACAAACAUAUUUACCAGCCACAGAUGGCAAUGUUUAGUGUUCAGAGACUGGGAGAAAACAUAAGCCUACAUUAAGUGAUAUGGCCUUAUAAGAAGAAGAAUACAUAAGUCAAUCUUAUAGCAUUCACAUGUCUAAUACUUCAUUGUAUCAAUUGUUUAUUCCUAAAUUUAUCAGUUUCCCUCAUAUCAUGUGGAAUUUUGAUCCUCAUCAUUUCUUUAGACUCUAGAAAACUCACAUAGACUCUAGAAAAAAGGCUGGGUUAUUUAACCCAAGCAUUGGGUAAAAUACUGACAAGGUUGGGUAAAAAUAACUCAGACAUGUUUAUAUCUGAGCCAACAAUGAGUUAAAACAACCCAGCAUCUUAAAUUACAACCCACUGGGUUGGGUUAGUCCCUUUUUGACCAAAGCUGUGUUGAAAUUUUUUUUAGAGUGAACUUAAGCUCAAGGAACACAAUAAACAAUGUUAGAAUUAUUAUAUGUCAUUCCUAUAAUAAUCCAUAUAGACAGCAACCUGUUGCAUAACAAAUCUAUACCUACCCCCUGCUUUCACUAACCCUUUACAGUUUUUUUCGAUUGCUAAACGACAGUGGGCACAACUGGAGCUACAUGUGCAAAACUCUAACUACAGUCUGCACUACCAAAAGUCACCUGAGCACAACUCUUAACAUAUGGCUCAAAACAGCUCCGUGCAGCCAAACACUAAACACAACCCUCACUGAGAUAACACACACUGUCACUCACAACACACUGAGAGGAAAAACACUAACAUCAAACACCAAUACACAAAAUACUAACUUUAUAUCUUUACAGUUUUAACAAUUUCAGUGAUGUCACACCAAGUAAUGUUUUCUUUAAAGAAUGAUUUAUUUAUUGAUUUAUCACAAUAUUUUUUUUAGAACAUCAUAAUUUUUUAGGGUAAAUGAAAAUUAGCAGUUUGCUUCAGUUGUCUGUAGUAAUUUACGGAAUUACAGUAAUGAGAAAAAAGGUAGAAACUUAAAGUACAUGAAAGGUAAUAUUAUAUAUAAAUGAAAUAUAUAUAUGAAAUUGGAAUUUAUAUUUAUAUGAAAUUGCAAUCAGCAGUUUUUGAAAGGCACAAGGCUGAAAUCAAUUGUGUUUUGAAUGUGUGAUUCACAGUUUUGACAGCAGUGUGUUAGCAUUUGAACAAAGUGCUGUAAAUCCACAGUGUUGUGCAGGUUGUGAUUAAAGUCAUGGAAUAAGUGUGUAAAGUUUUGAAAACUGUGUUCAAACAAUGAAAAACGAACUAGAGUUUGGUCCACAUGAACUGCUGCUGUGCAGACUGUAGUUAGAGUUUUGCACAUGUGACUCCAGUUGUGCCCACUGGCGUUUAGCAAUCGAAAAAAACUGUAAACCCUCUCAUUGAUAAGAUCAUGGUGGUUUUUGGUGUUUGUUUGGUGUCUAACGUAUCACACCUUUACCUUUAAAUCUUCUGUCAGCUUUACACAGCAUAAACAAAUUAUAAAAGA